UUCCGCCCGGAAGGUAAUUUAUGACGGUCAGCUAAGUUGUUUAGUGUUAGCGUUGUAACUUAAGUUGGGCGCAAGUUUGAAACAAGAAUUUCAAAGAUUUUACCACAAAGGACACAUUUUUAACUUUUAUACAUUUUACACUAUCUGUGCGCCUUUCACGAUUACAUUGCCUUUAACUCGGUUUUUAUUUGAUAGUGUUUGUUCAAAAGCUGUUGAGUCGUAGAGACGGAGUUUACACUCUCCUCGCUGUUCUGUAACGGACCAUGAGUAAAGAGUCCAGGAUGAAGGCAAAUAUAAACCAGAAGUUGACAGAGAUGGGCGAACGAGAGAGACUGAAGGAGAUUUUGAGAUCAAAACUCACAGAGUGUGGAUGGAAAGACCAGAUGAAGGCUCACUGCAAAGAAGUGAUCAAGGAAAAAGGCCUUGAACAUGUCACAGUGGAAGACCUGGUGGUGGAGAUCACACCAAAAGGGAGAGCAUUGGUUCCAGACAGUGUAAAGAAAGAACUUCUCCAUCGAAUAAGAGCCUUUUUAUCUCAACAUUCCUCAUAACUUUAUUUUGCACAUUUUUAAUACACUUGAAACAAUAGCAAC